GGCCGUGCAAUUAAAAGAUGGCGGCCUCCUCGAUAUGUAUUCCAGGUCAACGACUUGGCAGUACUGAAGAUUAUCAGGCAGGGAAGGGGACUUACACCAGGCAGGGUUACAUCUACUCAAGUCUCGCUGGCUUCCGUCACGAGUCCAAGCAUGGUGAAGAAUUGCCCGAAUUACAAGUUUUACUUGAAGACCAGCAAACUGUCGUCCCGGAGGUUGGCUCAGUUGUCACAGUGAAGGUUCUCAAUGUCAAUCCUCGAUUUUGUCGUUGUGCCAUCCUGAGUGUGGAAGGCACACCCCUCACCCAGAGUUUUCGAGGAAUGAUAAGAAGAGAAGACAUCAGAGCCACAGAGAAAGACAAAGUUGAGGUCUAUAAAUCCUUUCGGCCUGGUGACGUGGUUCUCGCCAGAAUUCUGUCUUUGGGAGAUGCCCAGUGGUACCUUUUAUCCACCGCAGAGAAUGAGCUAGGGGUAGUCCUGGCACAGAGCGAAGCAGGUGUCAAUAUGGUUCCCAUCAGUUGGUCUGAGAUGGUGUGCCCCAAGACCCACUGUAAGGAGUUCCGGAAGGUAGCCAGAGUACAACCGCAGUAUCUGAUCCAGCCAACCGGUACAUAGCACCCAGUCAGUACUUAGUCCCUGUGAAGAUACAUAGUGCAACGCUAAUGCCCGAGUAAGUCAGUUGGGACUGACAUGUAGCACCCAGUCUGGGGCACUGGGUUCAUUGGGUACUUAGCAUCCAGUAUUGGGUAAGGCCUCUAGCUCCACUAAGCUUGUUUCAUUGAAUCACAUUCAUGGUUGUCUCCAAGACAGUUCUGAGGGUACCAACCUGACGAAAUCAGAUUGUACACAGUACCCGGUUUACGUACUCAGGUUGGUCAGUCAAUACUCAUCACGAGUCAGCCAUCUUUAACCGAAUAGGUUCUAGGAUUUUUUGCUAGGGGGGAGGGGAUUUCACAUUUUUUUUGCAAGGGGGGUUGGGGGUUACCGUACAUGUUGCCAUUUUUGAAGCCCAUUUAUUCUUUGAAUAGGCGAAUAGGACACCUACAGGGUUUAUGCUUCUUGGGGGGGGGGCUUGCAACCUUUAGACUGAGGCUGCUAAAAAAAAUAAAUAAUACUAGCAAUGAUCAGGGUGCUAGUUGACUUCCCCCUCCCGAUCCGAACCUGCCCUGUAAAAGUUUGUAAACACAUAAUAUGUGUUUGAGAAGGGUAAUGAUUGAUUGGCAUCCUUGUGUUUUGACGGGUAAUUCCCAAUGAUGGAUAACAGUUCAUGUCGUCUUUAUUGUCCGAACAAAAAAAUGCUUCGAAGUGAAGUUUUAUUUGCAAUUAUAGCAAAACAGUCAGCCUUCUUCCCAAUUUGCAGUGUUGAAUAAAUAGUGUGGAUUCGUGGAGCAAGACCCAAAAUGGCCAUCUCAUGAAUAAAGUCCACAGGGGAAGAGCCCCAAACUCAUCCUCAUUUUAGUACAUGGCUUUUUGAUAAUUACGGUAUGAGUGCUUGAAAUAGCUGGUUCGCAGUUGGUGCAAUGUGCCCAGUCUUUGCUUCGUUCUUGGGCACCUGUACAUUGAUCCAUUGAGCCACGAUUGGCUCUUUAAAACAAAGCGUUUUAUAGUCAUUUGGAAGAGGGAUUCGGUAAUGAGUGCUAUGGGGUACGCCUAUGCGAUCUUCUCCAGUAAGAGAAUCAAACUCAAACUAAUAUUUUGCAGUCACUGUUUAUGACAAAAAGUACCUCUAGAUUGAUUUGAGGGUGGGUUUCCAAGGUAAAAAACAAGCCAGAAUAGUGAUAAUAUAUUGUUAUUGGAUGCGUUUUGUUUGUCAUGUCGAUGCGGAUAUUUCGUGUGGGGCAGAUUUUAGCUUUCUGUCAAUUAUCCAAUCAUAUUUUCCCUGGAGAACUGUCCUCAAAUGAAAUUAAGUCGGAGGCGAAAAUGGGAGUUUCGAUCAAUGUGACUAAUUCUCUUCAGGUCUGUGAUUCGGCCAUGCAUAACAUCUCCACGUGAAUAUACGUUCCCUUUUCCCAAGGCGCAGGGUUGGUACUCGGAGAAAGGUUAACUCGUAGCGCCAUUAUAAUUGUGUUCGGGUCAACGUUUUAACACACCAUAGUUGCAUGCCGAUUUUUUUUAUCAAUUUCAGCCAGAAUUUGCGCAGGUUGUUCAUGCAUGUUGCAACCGCAGGUUGAUUUUUGUAGCUGUAUUUGUCUCAGUAUAAUUGACAUUGUUUCUAUUUUCAAACGGUGUCAUUACUUAUUAUAACCAAUGGUUCUAACUUCUUAGCAGAGUUUUGAACAGUUCAAAUAUUUUUGUAUAAAAGAAAACCGCAUCCUUAGCUUGAAAUAGAACAAUGAAGAUUGUUGGAAAUUUGAUCAUAGAAGAAGCAUUGUUCUUGGCUAGUAAUACAGACGCGGAUCCCGAAGAGGGUCUGACCUCACUCCACUCCAGGGGGAGGCGUCUACGUGCAUAGGUUGGAAGACCCCCUUGAAAGCAUAAACCACAUGGUGGGGUCUUAUUUUGUGAGUGCGGUUAUGGACAAAUAAAAGGAAUAAAUGGUUGAACCAAAGGCGACAAUGUACUACCCUCCUACGAACGAAAAUUUCCUGACACUCAAAAAAAAAUCCUGGAUCCACCCCUGUAAUAGGUUUUCUGUUUUGUGUUGAUUACACAGUCCGUCUCGGUGGUAAUCGGAAUCAUUUUUAGACGAUUUCCUAAAGAUGAGCUCCACGUGGUGUGGUCAGCUUGUUUCUGGUCAGGAAAGUGUUUUAGCUUUUUCAAAUGGUUUUCCCGGAUAUGCGUUGUUCAUGAAUGCAAGGUGGUUUUUGUUUUGUUUUGAAUCUGUGUCUUAAAAGUAAAAUGUAGGCCUACUGGAA